AUGAUGGAUAGCCCAGCGACGAUGGUCACUCAAAGUGCUCCUCUUUCCCCAGGGACGGUUCACUUGAUAAAUCACGGGGAAGCUACAGACUCCGACACGUUCGUCCUUUCGCCCACUCCAUCGUCAGAUCCAAACGACCCCCUUUCAAUCCAAACCGUCUUCUGGCAGCAAAUGACCGUUGAUCUCGAUGUGUCCAUCAAUCAACUCAGCCACGCACAGUCUGCUCAGCUUGCGGGUCUUGCCACAGGCUGCAUCUUCUUCAUCCCAGUCACGAUCAAGUAUGGUCGCCGCCUAACUUACUUGGUUUCCACGGCGAUUCUCGCAGCAGCAGCGUGGUGGACAUCAUCUAUGCACUCUUACGCAGAGCUCAUCGUCACGGCUGUAAUCACAGGAUUAGCCGGCGCGAUAAACGAAACUGCGGUGCAAAUGACCAUUGCCGACCUAUUCUUCGUUCACCAGCGAGGCUCUGCCAAUGGCCUUUACUUUACCGCUGUGAUGACAGGCAGCUUUUUGACCCCUUUGGCUGCCGGCUCCCAAGCUGUUACUCAGGGCUGGCGCUGGUCUUACUACGCCCUCUCUAUCGCUUUGACUAUCCUCUUCCUCAUUUUCGUUUUCUUGUACGAAGAAACGAAAUAUGUUCCCGUGAGUUUCGGCGAAGCCGAGCUCGCAGCUAAUGAUUCACCAAAAGAUGAGAACAACAUGGCAAAAGUCAAAAGUCUUGAUAAGGGUGGUCUGGAGUUGAACUACAUGCAGUCCAACCCCGCCACAGUUGUCCGAAUGAACUCUUACCGCGAACGCAUGCGAUUGUUGACGCCAACUUCAGAAUCAUUGAUGCGUAUUUUCAUCUUACCGCUUCAUGUCAUUACUCUUCCACACGUAAUGUUCACUGCUCUUCAGUUUGCUUCAGGCGUUUGCUGGCUCGUCUUAUUUAUGUCGGUCGUAUCCGUCGUUUUCUCUGCGCCCCCCUACAAUUUUAACACUGCGGCGAUUGGGUACAUGACUCUCGGACCUUUCGUUGGCAAUAUUUUCGGCAGCAUCUAUGGUGGGCCUUUGGCUGACUGGACUGUCUUACGCUUGGCUAAGAGGAAUGGGGGAGUUUUCGAACCGGAAAUGCGGCUGUACCCCCUGUUUCUACCUGUUAUUACGAUGGCUGGCGGUCUUGUUAUGUUCGGAGUCACCGCGGAUCGAGGAAUGCACUGGAUCUUUCCCAGCAUUGGCGGCGCACUGUUUGCGUUUGGCCUUGGUGCAAACGGGGAUAUUACCUUCACAUUUGUUAUCGAUACUUAUCGAGAGCUGACUGCCGAGGCUUUCGUGGGUGUUGCGUUUGUUCGCAAUGCUGUCAGCGUCGGCGUCCCUUCGGCGCUUGUGCCCUGGAUGUCAAACAUGGGUCUUACCAAUAUGUACAUUCUCAGUGGAGUUAUUUCUCUUGUCAUCGGACUCUUGUAUGUUCCAAUGAUCAUCUGGGGCAAGCGCAUUCGAACAGCUCUGGCCCCUCGGUAUUGGCGACUUGUAGAGGGACGCAUGCGGAUUUAG